UCGCGCGUCCUUAAGACUGGGAUCCGCCGCCGCCGCCGCCUCUCCCUGCCUCCGGCGUCCCCCUCAAACCCUAGCCCGCCCAUGGCGUCGCCGCCUUGGCCGCCCGGCUCUUCCUCCUUCCACUCAAGCGAGGACGAGCUCGCCUCCUUCCCGAACUCGUGGUCCGAAUGGCCGGGAACCGGUCGCCGCCUCCUCUCUCCCUACCACUCGCCGCCGCCGCAAACCCUAGCCCAUGGCGUCGCCUCCGCCUCCCUCCUGCCUCCUAGCGCGUCGCCCACCUCGCCUCCGCCCAUCGAGCCGCCUCCCCCUCCUCCUGCUGAUCCCGCGCCAGGCUUUGCCUUCUGCCCAAGCGACAGCGAGCUCGUCAGCUUCUACCUCCGCCCAAGAAUCUCCGGCAAGCCCCUCCCAGACGCCACCAAGCAGUUCCUCCACGAGGCAGACGUGUACGCCACCGACCCCGCUUCCCUCGUCGCCGGCUACCUGCCAGGCCCGGCGAAGGCUCAAGGCGAGAGCAAGAACUGGUACUUCUUCAGCCUCGUCAAGCCCAGGAGCGCCCAGGACAGCCGCAAGCGUCGGAUCGUCGGAGAAGGCAAGGGCUCAUGGAAACAAGAGCGAGGGAACGACGUCGCCGACGCCGAGGGCCGCACCGUCGGGCGCGUGGAGAAGUUCACCUACACACCCCACCCCAAGGAAGACAAGAAGCCGCCGGAGUGGCUCAUGAGGGAGUUCAGCGUCGAGGUCGAUCAGCAAGACGGCUGCCAACCGAGGCCGGUUCUUUGCCUCUGCAAGAUCUACCAGAGCCCGCGGUUCCUCAAGUCCGCCUCCAAGAACUCCGCAUCCGCCGCGCGCAAGAGGAAGGCGGCGCCGCCGGACGACCGCCCUCACCUUUCUCCGACAUCCCCGUCCGCGCCUGUGCGCAAGAGCAAGUCCGCCGCGGACGAACCAUCCGCCGUCAAGCGGCAGCUCCUGUUUCCUCCAUCAAAUCCACUGUCGCCCAUCCCGUUUGCUCCGCCCCCUCUUGCCGCACCAAUUCUGACGGCCCAAGACGACGCCUGGGCGCACAUUCUUGCAGAUCCAGAGUUGAACUGGACCUUGGAAGAGACCUCUGCUCUCCGGCCCUGCUCAAUGACGGCAGCGGCGCCGACUCUGCUAGGAUCCAGCCAUGGAAGUCAGUGGGCAUAGCAGUUGCUCAGGCCCUGAAGAUGUCCACCUCAUCUCUUCUUCUCCAGUUAUCCAAAGGGCUGAUACCUGAUACUGAUGGUGACUCCUCUCAACAGCUGAAAUCUCAUCAUAGAUCAUACUGCUUCCACUAAGCAUUACACUCUAGCGUAUACUUGCUCUACAGCGAUACAUCAUGCAUGACUCAGUUUUGGAAUUACUUUUGAUCUCUGUUUGUUUUUAAUCAUACUUAGAACAUGAUGUGUUAUCUGAUGCUACACUGUUAAAGUUUGAUGCUAUCUUGUGUGCAACCUGCUUGUAGUUUAUGCAGUCUUCGUCCUGUUUGUUCUCCAUAAGCUUUGUUACUUCUGCAAUAUCGUUGUUCUAGGCUAGAAACAGAUUAUAUUUUUCUUGCUGGUGACUUCGAAAAUGGUAUGAGUGCUCAUCUAUUUUUUAUAAUGCAUGUUCCCUGGCGUUUAUGAUUCACCCCAUGUACUCCUUCCUUUUGUAACAUCGUCUUCUGACCCGAUGGCAGUCCCGAAUUACUUUUGGCUCAAGGUUGUGUUUCUGUGAUGGGAUUACUGUUUGCUACCAUAAUUAGGACAUGAUACAUAUGUACCCAGCAUGAUGAGAUCUUGUGUGCAAUGUGGUUCUUAAUUUCUGCAGUGGAUAAUGUUGACUCAACCUUUUCCUUCAUUUUCUGAAUUUAGCCCUGAAACCUGAAUUGUUGAAUAUGUGCCGUGCUCUGUUGUUUUCAGUAACCUUUGUUUAUUCUGCAGUAUCUUUGUUCUAACCUAGAAAACAGUAUGACUGCUCAUUUAUUUUUUGUAAUGUUCCCUGGUGUCUAUGAUUCACCCCAUGUCGCUGUUAGAUUUCUGGGCAAUGCUGCAGAACGGACACAGUUUGCAGCACAAUUGCUGUUGGGAACUGAAGUUGUGCUUUGCAGCUUCUUAUGCCUGCUAAGAACAUAACACGUGCUUUGCUUAUUAAAAAAAAAUCCUGACACAAGAUUCAGAUGUUUACAUAUUUUUGCUGGACAGGCGUUUUACUUUUGCUGGAACUUUGAGGAAAUUGGUGAGGGUCACAUUCUAACCACACGUGAUUCAUGGAUCGACAGUUCUCUGUUCUCUGAAGAAGAAAUGGUGCUUCAGUUUGAGCUCUUGUGUAGCAAUAGUUUAGCUUACCAGCUGUUUCUCCUGCCAUGGACGGAGCCACAAGGGGACUUGGGUGUACAUAUGACACCCAUUAAUUCUGAUAAAGAUGCAUAAACUAGGCACAUAAAAUACCUAGAAAAUACUCCCUCCGUCCCAAAAUAACUGUCUUGAGCUUAGUACAACUUUGUAUUAGACCUAGUACAAAGUCAAGACAGUUAUUUUGGGACGGAGGGAGUAGUAAAAUCUUCAACUAUGUACACCCAUACCGGUAAACCUGGCUCCACCUGCCGGCAUGGAUAUACAUGUGCCCGGAUGAUCGGGUUGGGGAGGCCCAGUAAUGUAAACCUCAGGAAUCAUAGAGGGGUUAGUGAUGCUAGCAAGUAACAAUUGGUUUAGAAGAUUGGGCUGUAACUUCUUAAGACUUAUGAUUGCAGUUAUGUAUGAUGCUACAAUUUUGAUCCUGAUGUGAUGUUGCUGUAAAAGACAAGAAGUGGGAUUGAAUUAUCAGAUCAAAUGAGAAAA